UCCAAGAUGGCGGAAGAGACAACAUCUUCAGUGUCAAAAGGGUGCUUUUUAUUUAAGAAAAAUGUCACGGGCUCUCCUCGAAAAAGACGAUACGGGAAUGCCAUAGACCUCAUUGAUCGUUAUGAUGGCGAGAGCACAGAAAAUGUUUCCCAAAGAUACGAUAACUUUAAGCAAUGCUGGAAGCAAGUCAAGACUAAAAUUGAGGCUCUUGAAUCAAACAGCAAGAUUUUCUCUCACAUCGUUGAGUACGUUCAGUCUGCACACAAGAAGUCUAACAAGACGUACAAACAUGGUUAUAUCAAUGAAAUUCCCACAGCUGUUCUCAUAACAGGUGUUAAUAUGCCAGAUCAUGAUAUCAUCUUCAGUCAGCUAGCUAAAGAUUUAUCCAAGAUUACUCCAUACAUUGCUGUGUUACAAUCAAAGGACUGUACAACUAUGAAAUUCACCAUGAAAAAUAUGGUCCUUCAGUUUAUGAGCAGUGAUGAAGAGGAUGAAGAGAAAGAGGAAUCACAUGGUUCUGUACAUCAUAAACCAAGGUUAGGUUCUUACACCAUGGUCCAGCUGUGUCACUGGUACAAAACAGCAUGCAAGAUUCAGGAAUCUGAGAAGAAAAAUUUAAUAAAGAAUAAAGAAACACUUAAAAAAUCUUCUGCAACAGAGAAUCCCCCACUUGUUGUGAUACUUGAAGACUUUGAAGGCUUUCAUCCCCCUGUCAUACAAGAUUUUGUGUCUGUCUGUAGUCAAUACACUCAUGAUAUUCCUUUGGUAAUGGUAUUUGGAGUAGCUACAUCAGUAUCAGCAGUACACCAGGUUCUUCCACACUCAGUUUCCACGCUUCUUUCCAUUGAGAGAUUUCAAUCUCAACCAUCACUCACUUGCUUACUUGAAAUUAUUUCAAAGGUUUUGAUGACUGCUGGAAUUCCUUUCAAGCUUGGACAUAAAGUUUUCAGAUUUCUCUAUGAAAAUUUCUUGUUCCAUGACUUUUCAUUGCAAAAUUUCAGUACAGGAUUACAGUUUUGUAUGAUGGAACAUUUCUAUGAGAACCCAGUCAGUGUUGUUUGCUGUAAGCAAGAAGAAAGAGAAUCAGUCAUUACUGACUUGAGUCAUGAGGAGCUAGAAAUCAUGCGCAGAAGACCUUCCUUUAGAAAGUAUGUUGAAAGUUGUGAGAUGAAAGAGCAGGUCUUCUUGUUGUCUGAUGAUGACCACACCAAGGACGUGAUCAUCAAGUUACUGGUUAAGUUUGAUUGUUAUCACAAGUAUUUCUUUCCUGUCCUUGAUUGCUUACAUGCAAUAACUGCAAACCUACCAAAACAUCUGCUGGGGAAAAGGGUACGAGAUGUGUAUGAAUUGUGUUUAAACAGUAAUAUAUAUGAGCAAGAACAGUAUAAAGAAUCCCUUUCCUUAUUAAGGGUAUAUGCUAAAGAUGAACUACUUCUACUGCUUCAGAAAUGUGUAGUGAUCUUAACAUCUUCUUUGAAAGAAUCUUGUAAAGAGUUAGAAAAUCACAGAGAUAAACUGACUUCAUUUUUAGAGCAGUUUGAGAAAAUUGGAGAAGUGAAGCAAACAGAGGAAACCACGACCCCAGUAGAGCCAAAAGUAACCACACCAAAAAUACUCAGCAGAUUUGAACUUCAAGAGAAACUUAAGACUGCUGCCAAACAGAAACGCAAGGAUUCACCAUUUGAUCAGCUUAGACAAGAAGUAGUUGAAUAUCUGAACCAGUUUUUUAGGGAGUACCUUACUUGUCCACAAAAUAUGCCUUUACAUGAAGUCAUGUACUUUGAUGGGAUAACAGCUGUAAAGCAGCAUCUCAUAGGAAUGCCGAGGGUCGCCAUCCAAACUGCUUUGACAAAUCCUCAUCAUUACUUGAAGUGUGAGUGUUGUGAGAUUGAUGCAGGUACAAUACAAGACUCCUUACCGGACAUAUCCAUUGCCUACAAGCUUCAUCUAGAGUGUGGAAGACUGAUCAAUUUAUAUGACUGGUUACAGGCAUUUAGCGUUGUUAUAGAUCCAGAUUCAUGUAGUUCCAAGAAAAAGACUCCAGCAAAGAAAAAGAAAAAAUCUAAUGAAGAACUACAGGCUCGAUUCAUCAGAGCUGUUUCAGAAUUACAAUUUAUUGGGUUCAUAAAACCCACCAAGAGAAAGACUGACCAUGUUCAGCGCCUGACUUGGGGAGGAUGUUAGAUUAACACAAUAUUGCAAUUAUUAUAAACCAAGAGGUUACAUUGUGACUGGGAUGUGAUAGAUAUACACAGCAAAACAAUUGACUGCUUUUAUUUAUCUUGCUAAGUGAAUUUUAGGCUGAAAAAAAUCCAAGAAAAAGCGACAAGAUAAAUAUUCUUGUUUUUGCCCAGGGUCUUGGUCCUCUCCAUAUCAUAAGUGGAUCAGUAAAACAAAAUAUCAUAAGUGGAUCAGUAAAACAAAAUAUCAUAAGUGGAUCAGUAAAACAAAAUAUCAUAAUUGGAUCACUAAAACAAAAUUUCAUAAGUGGAUCACUAAAACAGAAUAUCAUUGGAAUUUAGCUGUUUUAGCAUCAGACAUCAUGUUACAACUUUUCUGACAAUUCAAUGUUCUAUAAAAUAUCAACAAGUUUAUGGCCUCAAAAAAUACAUUCAUACAAUGCUGUACACAUAAAAAAAAUAUAUAUUAUAUUUGAUGGUUGUACUCUAUACUAUAACUACUAAAUAAUAUAAAAUCGGUAGUAUGUCUAUAUAUUGUCAAAUUACUUUACGAGAAGUGCAAGAGGAUGGAUGCCGCUGGGGUACUUGUUCUGGAAAAAUUCAAAACAUUUCACAAAUUUGUCAUUUACAUUGUCCCACUGUAACUGAAAUAAAAUCUAAAAACUC